AUGCCCUCGAAAUCUAAGAAACAAGAACCCAAGCCACAAUCCCGCCCAAAACAAUCCCAAUCCCCAAACUGGCCACCCCUCCGCCCCCUCCUCCCCGCCGCCGAUCUAAGCCUGGAACCCCUCCUCCCAGACCAGAUCUACCUAAUCCGCAACUUCCUCCCGGGAUCCCUCUGCAAAACCUACGCCUCAUUCCUGGCGUCCCUCCCUCUGACGACAACACCAGGUAAACCGAAGAAGGAUGAGGCGUUGCGGGUGAAUGAUCGGUUCCAGAUUGAUGAUGCGCGGUUUGCGGAGAUGUUGUGGAGUCAGACUUCUUUGAAGGAACUUGUUACGGAGAGGUUUGAUGAGGCGGAAUAUGAAUCUGAGGACGGGGAUGGCUCGCCCACCCAGGUCGCCGAGCGAGCGCGCAGACUUUGGGGUGGAGAUCCGUUAGGGUUAAAUGCCAAUAUUCGCAUUUAUCGCUAUACAGCCGGUCAAUUCUUUGGUCAGCACUACGACGACUCAAACAACAUAACCUUCCCCCCAUACCCCUCGACAGCAACCUCAAGAGCAACGCCCGCACGCACAACUUGGACCCUGCUCAUCUACCUGACCUCCUGCACAGGCGGCGAAACAGUCUUCUACCCGGAAGCCACACGCGCAAAUCGGAAUCCGGAGUCGAUUGUCGUUGCGCCGGAGGUUGGGAUGGCGCUUUUGCAUCGGCAUGGGGAUCAUUGUAUGCUUCAUGAGGGGAUGGAGGUUACUGAUGGGGAGAAGUGGGUUUUGAGAAGUGAUUUGGUUGUUCCUAGGUGA